AGUUUUGUUUAAUUGGUUCUUCUUCUUCUUCUGUGAAAGGGGAAAAGAUAAAAUUUGUUGCUGUUCCUAUCUCUCUCUCUGUCUUCCCGUUUUCACUUUUUUUUUUCUUUUUCUUUUCUGUUCGUUCUCUGGCGGCCGAUCCCGUCGCUCUACCUCUUCAGAUAUAUUGUUUUUUCACAUGACCUCCAAAUUGAAAAUUAUCACUAUAUCUCAGGAUUAUAUUGCUGAAAUUUCUCGCAUCUGGAUCGAAAACAGAAAUUUCAUUUUCGUUCUGAUUCCUACUAAAAUCCUAGGGUGCCUAUAAUUUAAGGAAUUACCAAAACAAUAAAAUGUCCAAUUAUCAAGGAGAUGAUGAUGCUGAGUACAUGGAAGACGUAGAUGAUGAGAUGGAAGAUGUUGAAGAUGAUAUGGAUGAGGAGUUUCGUGGCGAUGAUCUUGCUGCCUCAGAUUCUGAUGUUGAUGAAGUUGAGUCUAAUACUAAACUUGCUGAUACCUCGGCGGAGCAAGCUCGGAAAGGGAAAGAUAUCCAGGGGAUUCCUUGGGACAGGCUUAGUAUUUCUAGAGAGAAAUACAGACAAACUAGAUUAGAGCAGUAUAAGAAUUAUGAAAAUGUCCCUAACUCUGGGGAAUCCUCUGAAAAGGUUUGCAAGGUCACACAGAAAGGGGGACUCUUUUAUGACUUCUGGAGGAAUUCAAGAUCUAUUAAAUCUACUAUACUUCAUUUCCAGUUGAGGAAUCUGGUAUGGGCAACUUCUAAGCACGACGUUUAUCUUAUGUCGAAUUUCCUGGUUACACAUUAUUCUUCUCUAACGUCUGGAAAGCAUGAAGUUCUCAAUGUUCGUGGUCAUGUUGCACCGUCCGAGAAACAUCCUGGAAGUUUGCUGGAAGGAUUUACGCAGACUCAAGUGAGUACACUUGCAGUAAAAGAUGACUUUCUAGUUGCUGGUGGGUUUCAAGGAGAACUUAUUUGCAAGCAUCUUGAUAGACCGGGUGUCAGCUUUUGCUCUCGUACGACUUACGAUGAUAAUGCUAUAACCAACGCUAUUGAGAUCUACAACAAACCCAGUGGUGCACUUCAUUUUACUGCCUCAAAUAAUGACUGUGGUGUUAGAGACUUCGACAUGGAGAGAUACCAGCUUGUUAAGCAUUUUCGUUUUCCUUGGCCUGUGAAUCACGCAUCUUUGAGUCCUAACGGUAAAUUACUGGCUAUUGUUGGAGACAACCCAGAGUGCCUUAUAGUAGAUCCCAACACAGGAAAGACGUUGGAAACACUAUCAGGGCAUGUGGACUUUUCCUUUGCCUCGGCAUGGCAUCCAGACGGAGUCACUUUCUCAACGGGAAACCAGGACAAGACUUGCCGUGUCUGGGACAUCCGUAAUCUAUCUCAAUCCGUUGCUGUCUUGAAGGGUAACCUGGGAGCAAUCCGGUCAAUCCGCUACACAUCUGAUGGAAAAUACAUGGCCAUGGCUGAACCUGCUGAUUUCGUACAUGUCUAUGAUGUCUCAAACGGGUAUGAAACAGAGCAGGAAAUCGACUUCUUUGGGGAGAUCUCUGGAAUAUCUUUCAGCCCUGACACAGAGGCGCUCUUUAUUGGGGUAUGGGACCGCACUUAUGGUAGCCUCCUUGAGUUUGGUCGGCGCAGGAACUAUUCCUACCUUGAUUCGUUUCUUUAAGCACAAAAAGAAGUAUACACAACCCUCUCCAAGGAAUAAAAGAGAGCUCAUACAGCAACCAGUGAAGACAAACAACAUCAUGGAUCUCUUGAAGGUGUAAAUGAUGUGUUGUGCAAAUGCUAGUAGGUAGUGUCUUUUGUUACAUUUUUCCGGCUGGUGUGUUGCUUCCUUAUUCAAGCUUGGUUUCAAAGAUGUGUACAAAAAGGGAUGGUUCAGUGGUGGCACAGUCUGGAUUAGGACUUGAUGGUGGUGCUGCAGCUGGAUUCACCAUGUUCAAAGUCAGUUUGGGAUACAAGGAUCAUUGCUGUUCUGUUUGGUGGCUUGUGAGUCUUUUGUUUUUGUUCCUUGUAUUUGUGGUUGUUGUAGGAUCUCGAGUGUUUGAAUCAUGUUCUGAGUUUAGAAUAUGGAGAUGCUUAAUUAAACUAUAAUAAUAAUAAUAAUCCCUGUUCGUUAG